AUGCAGUUGAGUUUGGACGGUCGAAGACUUUACGUAACGAUGACCUUAUUUAGGUCAUGGGAUCAACAAUUUUACCCGGAUCUCAAAAAGACAGGUGGAGCCAUGCUGUUGAUUGAUGUGAAUCCCGAUGGUGGAAUGAAACUCAACGAGGAUUUUCUGGUUCAUUUUGGAGAGCUUGAUGGUGGUCCGUAUUUGGGACAUGAAAUGAGAUACCCGGGCGGUGAUUGCACUUCCGAUAUUUGGAUU